AUGAAUUCUGUGUAUUUCUGUGGAGCAAGCCAGGGGGCUUUUCCGUUGCAGCGCGUCGGCUCGUUGUUUCAGGAGUCUCCCCAGCAGAUGGCGCAGCGGUAUCAGGUUCACUCAGCGGCCAGUCCAGCGUCCGUACAACCCUUCACAGUAGCGGAGCGGCUGGCAGAACUCAUCCUUGAGGCACGCUAUGGCAACCAGCAAAAGCAGCGUCGUAGUCGCACAGCUUUCAGCGUGUCCCAGUUACAAGCCCUUGAAAAGGCUUUUCAGCAAACCCAAUAUCCAGAUGUAGGCAUGAGAGAGAGACUAGCGGUCUGCAUCAACCUCCCAGAGGCCCGAAUCCAGGUGUGGUUCAAAAACAGACGUGCCAAAUUUAGAAAAGGUCAACGCUUCGCACCUCAUCCCAAAGAAGAAAGCCAAGUACAUCGCUCUGCAACUAAACAACGGAAAGAACUGGUGAAGGAUCAAGAGAAAACCUCUAAUUCUAAACCUCAGUCCUCUAUUAGGGAAAACAACCCCAUUCAUUUAUCAGCAGACUCUCUUCAGCUUCAUUCCCACCCCAGACUGCACUCUUCCGCUGUUCUUCCAUUCAUCACUGCUGAACAAUUCCAACAACCAAUGCCUCAUGCACUCGGCAUUCUGUCUGCAGGUCUGCCUUUCUCUCCUACAUAUGUACCUAUAAUGCAACAGCAGCACAACACAGGCAUCGGUCUUGUGCCAUUGGGGAAAUGCAGCAAUCUCAUGCUUCAGUCUGCAUGUCAAUCGAAAUCAAUGGUUUACCGCCAUUUGGACAUAUAGUCGUAUCUCAAAAAUGCUCACUGGGACGUGAAAAAGGGACAAGCAUUCAUGUUUUAUAGCCGCUUUUAGGAGGCAUUUACACAACAACAUUUUUUUAACUGCAAAUUUAUAGGGUGCACUUUAUUUUAUAGCAUGUGUACUUACAGUGUAUUACCUACGAAAUGACUGGGUUAUGUAAGGUUAAGGUUAGGUUCAGGGGUAGGUUUAGGGAUAGUACCCAGUUUAUGUAAUGACUAUGGUAAGCACAUAGUAUGCACAUGGAAAAAGGUCUAAAAUAAAGUCCUACCAAUACAUUUUAUUCAUUCACCGUUUGAAAACAGUUUUUAAACACUUCUGUUAUUGUUUUCAUGCAAACAUGAAAAACACAGUUUUGU